UUAGCUUCACAUUAUAUUUCCCUAGCUUCAGGAAGCUUUCCUAAGCUUUUGGAGUUAGUCACUUUUACUCCAUUUUUGUCGUCUCCUAAAUAUUAUUUAGGAGCUUUAUCUACCUUGUUAUUUCCAGAUUAAUUAAGAUCUAUCGACGAUGAAAGAAUUAAAGAAGAAGAUGAUUCCCCGUCUUUCAUUUUGUAUCAUUCUUUUGCUUGCCACAGAUAUUACCACCACCCUAGCACAAGAUAUUGCGUAUGAUUCGUCCGCUCCCACAGAGUGCAAAGAACAACCUGAGAAGCCACUUUAUGGAGGAGGAAUUCUCAAGGAUCAGAAAGCUACCUAUGAAACUGUGAAAAAUCAAUAUGGUUUUAGCAUCCGCGUCCUUUCAUAUCCCUUGCCUAAUCUUGUCCCAGGCACUUACUACAGCUUGUCCAGUUGGGUAAGAGUGAAAGGUGGUGCUGAGUCUGCUCUGAUAUGGGCAGGUGUUGGGACGGUGUCACAUUGCGAAGCCACAGUCGUUGCUAAGGAAGGAUGCUGGACCUUCCUCAAGGGUGGACUUUUCUUCACUGAACCUUUGAAUGCCUCUUCUUUAUAUUUCCAGUCGAUAAAUGGGCAGAAUGUGGAAAUAGAGAUUGCUAGUACUUCAUUGCAGCCAUUCACCGAGCAACAAUGGAGAGCAAAUCAACAAGUCAUGAUUAACAAGGAAAGAAAGCGUGAGAUGACAAUAAGAGUUAGAGACGCGAAAGGGAAGCCAUUAAAAGGCGCAACCGUGAAGGUGAAGCAACUCUCGAGCGCUUUCCCCUUUGGAGCUGCUAUAUCCGGCAUGAUCGUGGGCGACACGCGCUAUCAGGAGUGGUUCAAGAAAAGGUUCAGCGCGACCGUAUUCGAGAACGAGCUGAAGUGGCCGUCCAACGAGCCUCGGCCGGGCAGCCUGAACUACAAGACUUCGGACGAGAUGGUUGAGUUCGUGAGCAAGAACAAGAUCAUGACUCGAGGCCACAACGUGGUGUGGCAGGACCCGACGUUCGCGCCGUCGUGGGCCCGCAACCUGAGCGGGCCGCAGCUGGAGGAGGCGGUGGAGCGGAGGCUGAAGAGCGUGGUGGAGCGGUACCGCAACAAGUUCAUCCACUGGGACGUGAACAACGAGAUGCUGCACUACGACUUCUACGAGCGGCGGCUGGGGAACCCGAACGCGUCGCUGGAGAUGUACCGCAAGGUGCAGGAGAAGGACCCGCGCGCGAAGCUGUUCAUCAACGACUUCAAGGUGGUGGAGGAGUGCGGCAACGGCACGAACGUGGACGCGUUCGUGGCGAAGAUCAAGGAGUUCCAGCGGAGCGGGAUCGCGGCCCCGGGGGUGGGGCUGGAGGGCCACUUCAACGUGCCGAACCCGGCCUUCAUGAGGGCCGUGAUGGACAAGCUGGCGACGCUGGGGGUCCCGAUGUGGCUCACGGAGGUGGACAUCAGCUCCAAGUACUCGGAGGAGGAGCAGGCGGUGUACAUGGAGAGGGUGCUGCGGGAAGGGUUCUCCCACCCGGGCGUGGACGGGAUCAUCGUGUGGGCGGGCAUCACGCAGAAAGGGUGCUGGAACAUGUGCCUCACGGACCUCGCCUUCAACAACACCGUGGUGGGCGAUGUGGUGGACAAGCUGCUCAAGGAGUGGCAGACGGGUACGGUGAAGGGCGUCAGCAACACAAAGGGCGCGUUCAACCUCAACGCCUUUCUGGGCGACUACGUCGUCACUGUGGAGAACCGCUCCCGAGUGGUUACGAAGAAACUGUCGCUUUCCAAAGGGGAUGCUGCUCAACAUAUCACCAUCCACCUCAUCUAAUACGUACAUGCACCUGCACCACAUAUAUUAAUAAUAAUAAUAAUAAUUACUCAAUCCAUCUCAUUACAGUUAUGAUGAUAAUAAUAAUAAUAUACGAG